CCCACGCGACCUCCCCGGACGUAUAUAAACCGUCUUGACAACCUAAAUAUUACGGCUUAUUCUUACUCAGACUCUCUAUACCAUGCUUUCUUCUCGUAUGCAUCUUUUGCGCUCGGCCAGACGGGCAACUGUUUUGGCCACGACUAGACAAUUGGCUUCACUCCGUGAAGCCGCGCCUUUCUUUCCAGAUGAACCUGCUCGUCCAGAAAUGAAAACUGCCGUCCCUGGUCCCAAUUCCAAGAAGAUUAUGGAGAAAUUGAACAAAUACCAGGACACUCGAUCUGUAUUUUUCGUAGCCGAUUACGAAAAAUCCAAGGGCAACUAUAUUGUUGAUGCUGAUGGCAACAAAAUGCUCGACGUUUUUGCGCAGAUCGCCUCCAUUCCUGUAGGUUACAAUAAUCCUGCAUUCCUUAACCUUAUCAGCAAACCGGCCUUCCAGACGGCUCUAGCCAACAGAGCGGCGUUGGGUGUGAACCCUAACAAAGAUUGGGUGGAUUCGGUGGAAAAAGCAUUCAUGAGAGUGGCUCCCAAAGGCAUGGAUAAUGUGUUUACGGUGAUGUGCGGUUCAUGUGCCAACGAGAACGCUUUCAAGACGGCGUUCAUGUACAAGGCCGCCAAGGGACGUGGUGAGCGCGAUUUCACGGUGGAAGAACUUAAUUCCUGUAUGAAGAAUCAAGCCCCUGGUACUCCUGAUAUGGCAAUCCUCAGUUUCUCUCAGGCGUUUCACGGACGUUUGUUUGGUUCUUUGACUGCUACAGCCAGCAAAGCCAUUCACAAGGUGGAUAUUCCAGCCUUUGACUGGCCCAAAGCUCCUUUCCCGGCCCUCAAGUACCCAUUGGACCAAAACGUCGAACAUAACCAACGUGUGGAAAAGGAAUCCUUGGAAGCCAUUGAAAAUAUUAUUCAGGAAUCAAAGAAGCCCAUUGCCGCGGUGAUUGUUGAACCCGUGCAGUCCGAAGGAGGUGACAACCAUGCUUCGCCGGCCUUUUUCCGUGGUUUGCAAGCCGUGUGUCAAAAGCAUGACGUGCUAUUUAUUGUGGAUGAGGUGCAAACCGGUGUGGGAGCCACCGGCACGUUCUGGGCUCAUGAAGCAUGGCAAUUACCUAGCCCUCCCGACAUGGUUACCUUUUCCAAGAAAUUCCAAGCUGCUGGUUUCUACUUGAGCUCGCGCCUUCGGCCAUCCCAGCCUUACCGUUUGUACAACACAUGGAUGGGCGAUCCAGUGCGUGCCAUGCAAGCGGCCGCCAUUGUAGACGAAAUUCAAGAUAAGAAUUUGCUGGAGAACGUGCAACAAGUGGGUUCCUACCUUCAGUCUCGAUUGGGCGAAUUUGCAAAGAAGAACUGGCUGGCCAACGUUCGCGGUCAAGGUGCCUUUAUUGCGUUUGAUAUGGAGACCCCGGCCAAGCGCGAUCAAUUCUUGGCAGAUAUGCGUCAGCGUGGCGUGAAUGUCGGCGGCUGUGGUGAUCGCACCGUGCGUCUCCGACCCAUGUUAACAUUCCAAAAGAAACACGCCGAUAUCUUACUGGAAACCAUGGAAGCAACCCUCUCCUAAGCGUACCAAAAACAAGCAAAAAGAAAACCAUACACAAAAUAUCCGGCAAUAUCAAACAUGACUAAAAAAAGGGCACGGCGACGAGUAUGCUGUAAUAUAAUUGGCCAAUGUAUUUAAUCAGAAAAUAAAAACUUUUAUUUCACAAAGCAAAAG